CAUUCCUUGAACCGGAAUAACCUGCGUGCAACAAGUUGUCCAUGUUUUGAUUCUGGAAAUUUCUCUGCAACAGUUCUGAGAAGUGUAAAGAAUGAUUUAAAUCUGUCCCUUCUUUUUCCAAUUGUAAACCAAUCAACAACUUUCUUAUUCUCCAAUUAAUCAUGGAAGCAUGGUACAUGGACGAUUCUGAUGAAGAUCAAAGACUACCACACAAACUCGAUCCAAACCAACAAGUAACCACUAGUGAAUUAGAGCACCUCGGAGUUUUUUAUUGGAAGUUAAACGCAGACAUUUAUGAAAAUGACCCAGAGCUGGAGAAGAUCCGAAAAGAGAGAGGAUAUUCAUAUACAGACAUUGUCUGUAUACGCAAGGACACACUCCCCAACUAUGAGGAAAAGCUGAAGAUGUUCUAUGAAGAGCACCUGCACCUGGACGAUGAGAUCCGCUACAUCUUGGAUGGCAGGGGCUACAUGGAUGUGCGCAACAAAGACGACCGCUGGAUAAGGAUCGCCAUAUCCAAGGGAGACUUGAUCACUCUUCCGGCCGGUAUCUACCACAGGUUCACCAUAGAUGAAAAUAACUAUGCCAAGGCCAUGAGACUGUUCAUUGGGGAGCCGGUGUGGAAGGCUUACAAUAGACCUGCUGAUGACUUUGAAAUCCGACAGAGUUAUGUGAAGUCAUUGGAAUGUGCCUAAUGGUCUAGGUGCUGUAUAGGUCUGUUAACUAACUACACCACUGUCUAAAUACCUUGUACAUUGUGUCAACCACAAUAUUAGCAGUGGGAUUAUGUUGAUCUCACAAUAUGGUAUCACAAAAACCAUAACGUCUAAAGAUCUCUACUGUGGUAGUGGUUGUGAUGUUUACACUCUCUUUAUGGAAGUGAAACAUUAAUUGAGCACAAGUGCUUCAUCCUUUUAAUAGUAAUAUGAUGUAGAAGGGGAUCACACUACUUAUUUACACUUAUAGUGUACAAAAUAAAGCUUUGAUUGUAACCUGA